CCAACUUCCCCCUACUUCUAGCCCACACACUGCUGUGUUUGUGUGCCAAUAGUUUUUGGAUCAAAACGUGUCGUUUGAUGCUCUAAACCAGGAGGUAGAGGAGCGACACGUAGCUUUGGUGGGCUCCACUUCAAAACGUGCAGACCACGAUUGUACUGCAGGAGGGCUCUGCAAACGUUCUGCUGCAAUGAUCGCAUUCGACGCAGCAGAGAAGAAGGUUACAGCAGGGGCGGGGUUUUGAUAUCUCCCUGAACAAUCUGCCGUCAGCUUUUAGUAAAUACCAAAGAGACGGGUUGAACAGCUAUUAUUGUCUGGGAGGCUAAAAAUGGACCAUAAAGUGAUACAGAUUCUGAUGAUUUUACUGUUUUAUCCAGAAACCUCUGCUGCUGGAGUUAAAGAUGUGAAUGAGGGAGACCCGGUUGACAUCAACUGCAAGCUUCCAGACACGGGGACCAUAGUGUUUUGGUUUAGGGCGGUGGAUGGAGCAGAGAUGGAAUUGAUCGGGUCAUUCAGCACUAACGGUCAACCGAAAGCACCUAGAGACAACUUCAACAGGGACUUUAGUCUAAAAAAGCAAAUGAAUGAUUUUGUUUUAACGGUGAAGUCCUUCAAGAAAAGGACCGACAGCGGGCUCUACAGCUGUGCUGCUCUAACAGGCGGAAAUAAACUAACAUUUGGACCAGUAACUCAACUUAGAGGAAAACCUAAACCAACAACACCACCACCACCACCACCAAGAGAUGUCACCACCAGGCAGAUGUCGACAACCCCGAAAAACUGUCUUUGCAAUGAUAAGUCAACAGCAGUUCCUUUCAUGUUUUGUUCUCCAAUCGUGCUGGGCUCACUGGCUGGAGGCUGCGGCCUUCUUCUUCUGCUCCUCAUCAUCACGGUUUUAUACUGUAACAAUAUAAGAACUCGACGAUGCCCUCACCAUUACAAAAGAAAGCCGAGGACGACGGCUCUUGAAAAACAAAUGAUGACCAACAGGCACAUCUGAACUUGAUGCAGUAAUUUAAUUUGCACUUCUACAAAGUGCAGUUAUAGUUCCCUUUUUCUCAGAAAAAUUUUUCUUUUUUUUUUUUUUAAAAAAGACUUUGCCAGCUUGGGAAAAAAAAAAAACAUGUUCAAUGCAUGCCAGAAAAUGUGAUCGAAGCUUUUUUCGAAUCCUUUUUUUUUGUGGUCGUGCAGUUUUCACUGUGAUGGAGAUUAAUGUAAAAAGUAUUUACCGCCAUGCUUGCAUUUUCUGAAAUAAUCUGACAAGUGAUGAAAAACUUGCCCAAUCCAAAUGUAUUGCUGAUGUAACUGAGAAUAUAUAAUUUUUAUGUUA